CAUACACAUAUACAUACAUACAUAUAUACCUAGUGGUUAAGAUCAAUACAUUACAUGUCAUAGAAUGGAAAACGAAAGAGAUCUCUUAUCCACAGAGAUAGUCAACCGAGGGAUCGAGUCUUCUGGUCCCAAUGCCGGGUCUCCGACGUUCUCCGUCAGAGUCCGGCGGAGGCUGCCGGACUUCCUCCACUCCGUCAACCUCAAGUACGUGAAGCUGGGUUACCACCACCUGAUAAACCAUGGCAUAUACUUGGCCACCAUACCUGUGCUGGUUCUGGUUUUCAGUGCCGAAGUUGGGAGUCUGAGCAGAGAGGAGCUGUGGAAGAAGCUCUGGGACGACGCUCGUUACGAUUUGGCCACCGUCGUUGGCUUCUUUGGUGUCUUCGUUUUCACUUUGACUGUUUAUUUAAUGUCUCGUCCUCGCUCCAUUUACCUUGUCGAUUUUGCUUGUUAUCGCCCUAGUGAUGAUCAUAAGGUGUCAAGGGAAGAAUUCAUAGAAGUAGCAAGAAAAUCAGGGAAAUUUGAGGAAGGAAGCUUAAUGUUCCAACAGAAAAUAGUAAACUCAUCAGGGCUUGGUGAUGAGACAUACAUCCCAAAAUCAGUGAUCAUGUCAGGCCAGAACACAGCCACCAUGAAAGAAGGUCGAGCCGAGGCAUCAAUGGUGAUGUUUGGAGCCCUAGACGAGCUGUUCGAGAAGACCAGAGUGAGGCCUAAAGACAUAGGUGUACUCGUUGUCAACUGCAGCAUAUUCAACCCUACACCUUCUCUUUCGGCCAUGAUCAUAAACCAUUACAAGAUGAGAGGUAAUAUUCUAAGCUUCAAUCUUGGUGGGAUGGGGUGUAGUGCAGGGAUCAUAGCUGUUGAUUUGGCUCGAGAUAUGCUCAAAGCAAACCCUAAUAACUAUGCGGUGGUUGUGAGUACUGAGAUGGUGGGAUACAAUUGGUACCCGGGCAAUGAUCGCUCCAUGCUCAUCCCUAAUUGUUUCUUUCGCAUGGGUUGCUCCGCUCUUCUACUUUCUAAUCGUCGUCGCGAUUAUCACCGUGCUAAAUAUCGCCUUGAGCACAUUGUUAGGACUCAUAAAGGCGCUGAUGAUUCGAGCUUCGGGGCUAUCUGCCAAGAAGAAGACGAAAAAAGACAAAAGGGUUUAAAAAUAAGCAAAAACCUAAUGGAAGUAGGUGGUGAUGCCAUCAAAACCAACAUCACAACUCUAGGCCCACUUGUUCUCCCACUCUCCGAACAACUCCUCUUCUUUGCUACCCUAGUCUGGACCCACCUCUUCGGCGGCACCACCGCCACCGCCACCGCCACCACCUCCGGCGAAAAGGGCAGCUCUAAUCACCCCCAACCAUCCCUUUCCCCGGCCACCACAAAGAAGCCGUACAUCCCAGACUACAAGCUCGCAUUCGAGCACUUCUGCAUUCAUGCAGCUAGCAAGCACGUGCUCGACGAGCUCCAAAAAAAUCUAGGGCUGAGCAAGCUCCACGUGGAGGCAUCUAGGAUGACUCUCCAUAGAUUUGGCAACACCUCGAGCAGCAGCAUAUGGUACGAACUGUCGUAUCUCGAGGCCAUGGAGAAAGUCAAGAGAGGAGACCGUGUUUGGCAGUUGUCGUUUGGGUCAGGUUUCAAGUGUAACAGCCUUGUUUGGAGGUCACUUCGUCGAGUUCGAAAGCCUUUGACGAAUAAUCCUUGGCUUGAUUGCAUUGCUAAGUAUCCAAUUAAUGAUCUUAUUAACUAAGCAAAAAUGUUAUAAUGAUGAGAUCGUAUCAACAAAGAUGGUGAUAAUAUAUAUAUAUAUAUAUUAUAUUUUGUGUGCUUGGAAUUUGAAGAUAUAUAUGUUAUGACACUUUACAUAUAUGUUAUAGAUGAUUUGGAUUAUAAUGUCAUGAAAUAUUUUAGAUUUA